AUGAGUGAGAAAUACAAACCACCUAGUCGACCACCUCCAAGUUACGGCAAUGGUCCAAAUGGUCAGGGUCCUUUCCAGGACAAUUCUGCAGAAUAUUAUAAUCAGCAGCCUCAGCAACAAGAGGGUGCUCAACAGCCUGCUGAUCAAGGACAAGGUAAUCAGUACAAUUUUAGACAAGACCAGUACUAUAACUUGAACGCUCAAAGUGAAGGAGCUCCAAUCGGAAGUUUUGAGGAGGCUUUCCCAACCGAUGAUAAGCCCAAAUGGAAUGACUGGCCGUUUACGAUCUUUUUCUUGCUCUGCGUGGCGGCAUUUAUCGUUGUGGCUAGUAUUACUUUGAGAGGCUGGGCUCAAACUUACUCGCAGACUGGGUCUGGUAUUUACAAUGGCACCGAUACGGGUACUUUGAACACUAAUUCUGCGGUUCUAUUGGUUUUCGCUGUUGUGCUGGCUCUGGUAUUUUCAUUUUUGGGAAUUCUGCUGUGUCGUUUGUACCCAAAGUUCUUCAUCUACUGUGGUAUGAUUGUGAACAUCGUGGCAGGUUUAGGUACCGCUAUCAUGUACCUGGCCCUAAGAUACUGGUCUGCCGGUAUUGUUUUUCUGGUGUUCACACUUCUGACCGCGUUCUUUUACUGGCAGAUGAGGUCCAGAAUUCCUUUCAGUGUUGCAGUGUUGAAAACCGUCAUCGAUGCAAUGAAGAAGUGCCCACAAACUUUGUUGGUCUCUUUCAUUGGUACUAUCGUUGCAGGAGCAUUCGGUGUACUCUUUUCGGCUGUGAUCGUCGCCACUUACAUCAAGUUCGACCCAAAGGAGAACAACGCAGGGUGCGACGUUAAUGGAGGAGGUUGUUCUAACUCCAAAAAGAUUGGUCUGUUAGUAUUGGUUUUCUUCUGUGGUUAUUACAUCAGUGAAGUGAUCAAGAAUGUCAUCCAUUGCACAGUUUCUGGUAUUUACGGAUGUUGGUACUAUAUGUCCAAGUCUGAUCAGGGUAUGCCAAGAUGGCCUGCUUUGGGCUCAUGGAGAAGGGCCAUGACUUAUUCUUUCGGAUCCAUUUGCUUUGGUUCAUUGAUCGUUGCCCUCAUUGAGACUUUAAAGCAAAUUAUCAAUCUUGCCAGGCAGAGCUUGAUUGGUAACGGUAAUGGAGCAGCAGCUCAAAUUGGAUUUAUGAUCCUUGGAUGGAUCGUCAAUUUCCUGCAGUGGUUGGCCUCUUAUUUCAAUCACUACGCUUAUGCGUUCAUUGCUUUAUAUGGGAGACCUUACUUGAAGUCUGCGAAGCAGACUUGGUAUAUGCUAAGAGAAAAGGGUAUGGACGCUUUGAUCAACGAUAAUUUGAUCAAUGUCGCGCUAGGUCUGUACACAUUGUUCGCAAGUUACAUGUCAGCCUUACUUGCCUUUUUGUAUUUGAGAUUUACGCAACCCGCUUACAACUCGUCCGGUAGUUUCAAUGCACCUCUAAUUGCUUUCUCAUUUCUCAUCGCCAUGCAAAUCAGUAAUAUUGCAAACGAAACCAUAAGAUCCGGUACUUCUACUUUCUUCGUCGCACUGGGCAAUGAUCCCGAAGUUUUCCAUGCCUCAUACCCUGAGAGGUUCGACGAGAUCUUCAGAGCUUAUCCCGAUGUUUUGAAGAAGUUGAGUCACCAAGACGUCUAA